CUUUCCGAACUUCCCUAGCAUUUGAGGCUCGCCCUCUGCAAUUGAUCGCCUCAUGUCUCGAUUUACUCGCAUAAAGGGCCCGCGUCCCCUGUACAUAUGUGCCGCAGCCGGCGUAGGCGUAGCCGUGUAUCGAUUAUUGAAGCCCGAGUCCUUCAACGCGUCAUUACACCCGCACGACUUCGCGCCCUACAUCCUCGUCGAUAAACAAUCCGUAUCCUCCACAAACGCGAUAUUCACUCUGCACGAUGGUUUUGGUGUGCCGGAGCCAGACAGUAUCAAGGAAGCCCGGAAACGUGGCGUAUGGAGCGUACAGGCCAAGCAGCCGCAACUCCAAAUCGCGAGAGCAUAUACUCCGCUUCCGAGCAAGCCGGACGAGGUCGACGAUGAAGACGGGCACAGUUUGCGAUUUUUGAUAAGAAAGGAGACGGGAGGGGAGAUGUCUACAUACCUGCAUCGGCUUCCGGCAGGGUCGACAAUAGAGCUGCGAGGACCUACUGUAGAGUAUGAGCUGCCUCAAGACGUCAAGGAGGUUGUAUUUUUGGCCGGUGGCACAGGCAUAGCGCCCGCGAUGCAGGUCGCCGAGGCAUUGAGCAGGUCGCCAGGGAGCAAGAUGCAUCUUUUGUGGGCUAAUCGAAGAAGAGAAGAGUGCGAGGGUGGCUUCGGCGACGAGGCGGCCCUAGAUGCAAGCGGGCAGCAACCGUCGUGGUGGAAGGGCCUUCUGGGCCUGAGACAACACUCCGACCAAAGUCAGCAUCUAGGCACACGAAAGACUGGUAGCAAGGGCUUGAUCGUCCGAGAACUUGAAGCACUCAAAGAACGAAGUCAAGCCGCGAGCGGAGGACUCAACAUAGAGUACUACGUCGACGAAGAGAGAUCCUUCAUCAAGCCUGGUGAUGUGGUCAAGCGAAUACGUACCGAACCGUCGGAGGGACAAGGCUCGCGUCUGAUCUUGAUCUCCGGGCCAGAUGGCUUCGUUGAUUAUUGGGCAGGCAAGAAACUGUGGGUUGAAGGACGAGAAGUGCAAGGUCCGCUCGGAGGAGUGUUGGCGAAGAUAGACUUGAAGAAUUGGCAAGUGGUCAAGCUCUGAGAAGUGCAUGUCGACUGGAUGAUACCCCUCUGCAUUAUAUUGUGUCUAUACUGUACAACAUGAUGAAUCCAAAGAAC